AUGGUUCACUACCUGCGGGAGAUCAUUCGUAUUUGGUCACUCCUCUUGCCCGAUAGAGCGGGUCAGGCCGAUACGCUGUCAGUAGAACUCAUUGAGGGGAAGAUGCCGAAAUACUCCACCCAGGACCGCUCAGAUAUUAUGCGUCUAAUGAACGACGGCACGCUCUUCCCGGAUAUUUCUGAUGUGGAUGAGCGGGAUAGGGUACUGCAGGUCCUGCUUGAAAUUCCUGGCAGGGUCCUGUCCCUGACGCUCUUCUUCGAUGAUGUGAAAUGCUUCUCCGGGCCCUCCAAGGCUAUGAGGGACCUAUUUUCUGUAGGUCCUAAAACAUCAAUUUAUAGCACGGCUCUACACUGUUGGGACGGAGGUACCCAGGCUUACAACAUCCAAUUAACCGACAGCGAGUACCAGACUGUCCCUAUCAACGGUAUAGUGCCAGCAGAUAAAGCAGAAAGAGCCAUAGCAUCGGUUAGCUUGCUACAAUUAUGGCUGACAGCCUUUCGACACUUCAUCAAUCCUCGGACGGGGAGAACAAGAAAAGUAAAGAACGUUCAGCCUUUGUUUGAAUUACGAGGAGAGCCUGAGCUUGCCAAGUCGGCCAGCAGAUUGGGUUUUACAAUUCCAAGGAAAGUUUCUACUGCAGUCGACUCGAUUUUGCCGGCUUUUCAUUAUACCUUCGAAACGCUCACAGGUGCUUCUCACAAUGAUCUUGCACGGAAAACCUUGUAUAUGUCAAAACGGUUUCGACAAAUCUUCGGUGAUGGGCCCAGAUCCCAUCAGUCAGAUCAGAAAAUCCCUGAGCUCUCUGUGAAAACGGAUAGCCGACGGUCAAGUUUCCGAGCCGGACGACCACUCAAAGAUGAUUUUUUCGGCCGACAACAUCUUGGAUCUCUCUUGAAUCACGACGCCUCCGGAGCUUCCAACCAACUCUCAUUUGCUGAAGAAGUUCCGGAAGGAGCCAUUACGUCUGGGGCCUUGCUACCAGAAGAACCGCAAGCGUUGACAGAUAAUACAGAUGUUCAUACCGACUCCGUUGAAAACCGUGAUUCAUUAGCGACAAGUCCAAUAGACCUUGAACUGCACCCAGAGCCAGGGCCCUCUGCUCAGAUUAUGGACGGUGUACAGCAGUCCGUACCUUUAGCUGCAGGUUUUGAAGACGAGCAUAGCAAAGCCCCAGUGUCUCGGAAAGUCCCAAUAUCACUCCAUCGAAGCGCCAUUCAUGAGAUACUACCAUUGUGGUAUCAGUCAGAUGUCACGAAUGUCGUAGUCUUCUACCUGUUCAACUCAAGGGAGUACUACAAGUUUUUUGCCGACGCAGAAAUGGAAAUGCGACUCGUCCUAAACGACCUUGCCCGUGCCCAUUAUUUCCUCAUCAUUGAUCAAGAAAAGGUCGUCUCUCCAAACAUGGCAGAUCUAGUCUCUGAGGUUCAACGGACGCGAUUGCUCUUCGUUGGAGCAAAAUCAAAACCAGGAGAGCUGGAGACCAAGGCAGGCGGCAUUAGCAAGGCUGCUUUGGAGGAUUACAUAUCCAAAUAUGAUGUUCAUACAGGGAAACGACGGUUCGAAUUCGCUCCUGGCGACACUGACGAUGGAGAGCAACCACACUCAACAAAAAGAAGAAUCUGA